UGUUUUGGUUGCCUGCCAGCAGCCGUCUGGAAGGGGAGGGGAGCCGUCUGCCUUCCGCUUCUGGGCUGGAUUGACACACAAUGAGGAGCAGAGGCUGGGGAGACGCUCCACAAACGCCGCUGUAAAUAAAUACAACAAUCACUGAGGCCAGAGAAACAUGGAGAACCAGUGCACAGUGCAGGUGAAGCUGGAGUUGGGCCACAGAGCCCAGCUAAGGAAAAAGGUGACAUCAGAAGGCUUCACCCACGACUGGAUGGUGUUUGUCCGAGGGCCAGAAACCGGCGACAUCCAGCACUUUGUAGAGAAGGUUGUCUUCCGCCUGCAUGAGAGCUUCCCCAAACCCAAGAGAGUAUGCAAGGAGCCUCCGUACAAAGUGGAGGAGUCGGGCUACGCAGGCUUCCUCAUGCCUAUUGAGGUCUACUUCAAGAACAAGGAGGAGCCAAAAAAGGUGUGUUUCAACUAUGACCUAUUCCUCAACUUGGAGGGCAACCCACCAGUCAACCACCUGCGCUGUGAGAAACUCACGUUCAACAACCCCACCAAAGAAUUCAGGAGAAAGCUGAUCAAAGCUGGAGGGGUAUUGGUAGUUCCAGAGGGGGCUGAAGCUGUGUCGAGGCCCAGUCCAGACUACCCGAUGCUCCCCACCAUCCCUCUCUCUGCCUUCUCAGAUCCCAAGAAGACCAAGACCUCUCAUCUGUCAAAGGAGCCCAGCAAAGAGGGAAGUGGUGGCAGCAGCAAAGGACCCAAACCGCACAAACUGACCAAGGAGCACCGUGAACGGCCCCGAAAAGACUCUGAGAGCAAAGCCACGUCGAAAGGAGACAACGACCGAGACGGAAGCAGCAAGAGUGGCCGCGAUCCUUCCUCUUCCUCAUCUUCAAAAAAGCCGUCAGAGAUCAAAGUGAAAGAUGAAGUUAAAGUUCUACCCAAGGCUGCCUUCAAGGAGCCUAAACUCACCCUGAAGGAGUCAAAGAUGGAGGGCAUGUCCCCUAAAGGAGGGGGGGCUGGUAGCGGCGGGGGUGGUGGGGGAGGAGGCGGGGGAGGGCCCGCAGAGCCCAAAGCCCCGGGGAAACGGCCCUCUACUGUCGAGUCUCCCAAACCCAGCGCAAAGAAGCAGAAGAAGGCCAGCUCAGAGGGGCCGAAGGGGCCGACCGCCGUUGCCUUCACAGGAACUUCUCCUCGUGUCUCCUCCUCCUCUGCAGCCAGCCAGCCGUACGCAGAGAAGAAACCUCCCAAAGAAAAAGGUCGCUGGGCCAAAGGCAAAAAUGACACGCAGGAGCUGAAGGAGCCCAAAAAACCUCCAGAGUCGGAAGAGUCGAAUUCAGAGGAUGAAGCAUCGUCGAAGUCAGAGCAGUCUGCCCCUUCCAGUCCUUCCAAUUCCAGUUCGAGCUCUGACUCCAGUUCAGAUUCCGACUUUGAGCCGGGACAGAAACAAGGGCAAGGCCCUCUACGAUCCAUGGUGGAGGAGAUCCAGUCAGAAGAGUCAGAUGAUGACGACAGCAGCUCAGAGGAGGAGACGCCCAUCAAGACCAACCCCCCCAACCGUGACUCUCGACUAAGCCUGGAAAGCGAGAGUGACAGCAGUGACGGCUCGCACAGCCCCAGUCGAGACCCCGCCCCGCCCCCGCAGAAACACAGCUCCUCCAAUAACAAAGUUUCAGGCAGAAAGAGUCCAGAUUCCUCAUUUCGCUCAGAGAAGGUGUUGAAGAAGGGAUACGACAAGGUAGGAAGGGCCUACACAGAAGAACUGGUGGACCUCCAUCGCAGACUGAUGGCUUUAAGGGAGCGUAACGUCUUACAGCAGAUUGUGAACCUGAUCGAGGAGACGGGCCACUUCAACGUGACCAACACCACCUUUGACUUUGACCUCUUUUCAUUGGACGAGUCCACCGUCCGCAAACUACAGAGCUACUUGGAGGCGACGGCCACGUGACAGGAAGUGGAAACCGGCGUGGGGAAACCGGCCUGUGGAUGGCGGCGGCGGAGGUAGACUCGCCACCAUGUCUCCUCUUUUUAAGGAGGGGACAAUCAGCCACAUCAUGUCACUGCCGUUUCACAGGCCCGACUGAACCAUCGAACAACUACCACACAAACAGAAACACACGAACAAACACAAGCACACAUGAAGACACACCACGCUCACGUGACUCUGGGAGGAAACUGAAGGAGGUGGUGGAGGAGUUGUGGAAGGGAGGGUGGAGGAGGAGCAGAGUGGCUGAACUUUGUCUACAGUCAGAAUUUUCACUACACAUCUCUUUUUUUGAGUCCGUGCAGAGCUGUGGUAUGCACCCCACACCCCCUCCUUCAUCCUCCUGCACUCCCGCCUUUGCAAACCCAAUACUUCCCCUCCUCUUCCUCCCCCUUCACACGCACACUCCUUACUCGGCAGAACACUUCAGUCCCCUUCCCCCUGCUGUCAGCUGGAGCUCAUUUCUCUCCAAACAUACUCUUUGAGGUGUGUGUGUGUGUGUGUGUGUGUGUGUGUGCGCCGACUUCUCUUUGUUCUUGAAGCUCUAGCACAAACAGCCGGUUUUCCUCCUUCAUACACACAGUAAACAAAUACAGAUUCAGGUAAUAAUUGACUUUAACCUCCCCUAUUCAGCAUUUUUAAGCAGAAUAUAAAUGUUGAAUCAAUGGUUUAUAACACACUAUAAUGUAGUCGUAAACUAAUCUAAGUAAGUGUACUAUAACUAAUCCUACGUGGAAGUUGGCGUAUAAACUGAUAAUGAAUGACAUAGUAAAAUACAAACAUGACAAUUACUGUACCUUUAUAAACACUUUAAAAAUGUCAAUAAAUGUACUUAUAUCCCCAUUACAGUGUGUUAUACAUCUUUACAAGACUUAUAAAUGCUACAUAGGGAUGAGGGUUAAAGUAAAGUGGUACCCAGAUUCAUGCACACGUUUGUCUCCCAGGUCCUUACACUUAACACUGUAUAUGAAGACACUGAGGUGUGUGUGUGUGUGUGUGUGUGUGUGUGUGUGUGUGUGUGUGUGGAUGAGAUUUCUUUGUCAUCUGAACAUUUAAAAACAUGUUCUGUUGAGUUUCCCCUCUACUUCCUCGCACUGAAAGCUGAGCCUUGACCUCCUACCAACAGCCCCACCCCCCUUUUUUCCCACUAAAGCCCCCUCACUCCAUCCUUCCUCUCCUCUGUAUUCUCAUAUUGGCGUGCAUGAAAGGGCUCGACUGGUCGCGGCCAGAGCAGUGGAGGAUCACUCUUGAAUUGCCUUCUAAGUGCUGGGUAGGGUACAGUUGGGAGGGGGGGGGGUUAAAAAAGCCGUGAAAAAGUAGCCAUACUUGUCUCCCAGAAUCCAAAAAUAAGAAGAAAAAAAUAAUAGGGGCCACGCUUUUUUACAUUUUAUUUUUCUACAAGUGCAUUUUGUGUAUUUAUUCCCAGACUGCGGUUAAGAUAACCUGUGAGCUAUGAAUGUAUAUCGCUUUUACUUUUCUACGGCUAGCGACCCACUCUAGUGCCUUUUUCUGCGACCGCAGUGUGAGGGGGGGGUGUGCGCUCUGUUAGCCAUGGUCACACAGAUUGAACCCCCCCAAAUACCCCCCUUGGAGAAACAAGUGUUAAUAGGGAUGCCUGAAUAUCCAGUAUUGUCUUAAUGGCUUCCAUAUCUGCUUCUCCUUUUCCAGUGUCUUUGUAGGCUGUCAUUUUAACAGUGACAUUUCUGUUAAGCCCUCUAGAAAUUUUAAGACCACUAUUUCUCCCUGAUGGUGGUCAUGUUUUUAUGUUCUUGCUUUCUGAGUUCAGGUUCAGUGUUUUAAAGAGGAAGCGUUGUGUAACUAUGUGGUAGUUACUCACAGUAAUUAGCUCUAGUAACAGUUGCUUCAGCUGUGACGUGUUUUGUGAGACGGUUGUCGUUGAAUAGGGUCGGGGUUCCCUCUUCAAGCGAUUUGAAGUAUUUGAACUAAAGAAGGAGCGUUUAAUACCAAGUUACCAGGCACUUGAAGAGCGUCAACAAAAAGGGCAUGUAGGCAGAAAAUAAGCUAAAGAAACCCUUCCUUGUGUUUUCUUUCCCUAAAUAAUCGCAUAAUAUUUAAAUGUAACUCUCAGGGGUCUGCAUUAUGAAGCAAGAUCAGUGGGUUAGACUGAUACCUUAAACCCAGGCAGACCAGUCUCAACAAAGCUGGCUCACUUUAACUAGUUUAGAUCACUGAACUGGUGCAGCUUAAGAGAAGUUUCACUUUAGAGGAUUACAUCAAAACCUGUCAACGAUUGGUAAUAAUGAGCACAAAGCAACAUGUUCACACGCCGGCUUUACAUGCUAACUAUAUCAGACAUUUAAGAUACGUUUGUAGCACAACUCACUCUUUUUAUGUUUGAGCCUUUAUUAGUGGUGACAGGAAAUCGGGGGAAAGAAGAGAGGAGGCAUGACAUGCAACAAAGGUCCCCCAUCAGACUCAAACCGCCAACGUUGCGGUUCAUCGUCAGCGUCUUAAGCCCAGCAGUUUCCCACAGUGCUUCUAGCAUGUUGCACAAAGCAAGUUGGCCAUAGUUCUCAAUUUUGAAUGACACUUACAGUCACAUUUAAUUGAACUGAAAUUCUUUAAUUGGCACAGAGUUGUCUAUUUUGCAUUAAUGAUCUAUUGCUGCAGCUCAGAAGAACAUGCAGGGAGUAGACACACAGUGACGAUGAUCAUAAAUAAAAAGAAAUAACUACUAAUAUCAUCUUCAUUAAACAUUUAAAUAAUAUUCACACACACUGAUAAUUGGCCAAUAGUACAUUUUAUACACGUUGAGUUUAUCAUUUUUAAGAUCGGGAUACUUUGGAGUGCAUGAUCAGACUUAUGUUGUAGCCACUUUCCAAAGGAAAUAAAGGUAGACUGUUUAAACCCAUGGUUAUGUUAUCUUUAAGAGCAAGCCAGUGUGAAGCAGUAUGGUUGCUAUUGUUACAUGCAGUUUAAUUAACAUUGUGCACUAAUUUAAAACAAUUUAACUAAAAUUAAAGUGACAGGAACUACGUUUCCGGUGUCUAGAAGUAUGACCUUGUUCAAACAGACACCUGCCAGCCAUUUAGAGGUCUCUCUUAUUUUCUGUGGCCAUGGAAUAAUGAGCAAACCUUUUUAUGUACACAUUUACUCUCCAGCUUUUUGCAGCUGGAACGGUGCUACUUUUUCAUUCGUUUGAUGAUCGAGAAACAUAGAAGCAGAAAUGUCAAUCAAUUCUCUCUCACUCCAAAACAUGUUGAUAAUGGAGUCACUGUACAAUUUAAUGAAGCCCAUAUCACAAAGCCCACUAUUAGCUAUAGUCUAUGCACUGAUCCGACUUUUUCAGUCCCGAUACCUGGGAGUACCGAUCCCAUACCAGUGUUUAAUUAGUAUGCUGUAUAUGCCUCACUGUGUGGAAGUGACUGGGAUCAUUCUUUUAUGUGUAAGGCAAAACAUCAGGCUUGACUCAAACAUUGCCCUCCUAACUUUGUAAAACAAAAUGUAACAAAUAAAUAUAAAUUUACUAAAUUUGUAUUUAUUAUUAAAAUAAUAAAUUGUGCAACGGCAACUUGGUAAUACAAUCUUAAAAAUAAACCGGAAUUACAGUUCAAGUGUAAACCUUUUAAACACAGAACUUAAAGAACUUAAACAGGUAUGGAUAUAGUAUAAACAGAAUUGAAUAGAAUAGAUCGGCCCUAUUGUCACUGAUAUCAGAUCCAGCUAUUUGAGAGUUUGAUUGGACCGGUGAAUCCCUAUAGCCUAUUACUUUUGGUAUUUGAUUAUUGCAUUUGAGCAUUAUUGUUUACUUUUUAUGUUAUAUAUGUAAAUAUUGUUACAUUCACUCUGUUGCCUACCUUGAUCUUUUUAACUCAUUACUUUUUGCUGCUGCUCUGACAUAAUUUCCCCAGAGAGAUCCACAGUUUUAUAAUAAUAAUUAAUAAUUAAUUAAUUAAAAAAUAAUUUCUUGUUACACCUCUUCAAUGUAAAGAAACUCCUACCCACUUUGGUAAAUUGUGGGUUAACAGAGCCAGGAGCUAGCUUUGUGGGACCGGUUUCCAGGAUCACUAGUGUUAGGUGUUGUGAAGCCAGAAAACCCCAAAGAAAGUCAGAAUGAGGUGAACUUGCUUCUUGAUUCAGGCCCCUGGUGUGUUAGUUCCUGUGGCCCCUCUAGGCUUCACACACACACACACACACACACACACACAUACACCAGCCCACUGUGGUGCAGACCUUCAAUGAGUAAUUCCCUCCCUCCCCUCCUCCUCUGUUUUCUUUCUGUGUUUUUAUUCUGACGCUUUUGAUAGCUUUAAUACUUCUCUCUCUCUUUCUGUUGCCUGCUCGGCUCAGCGACAUGUACACACUCCCUCUGCCCUUGCUGUAAACGCCGUCUUAGCACGGAAAAUGUGUCUCAAAAAGAGAAAAAACCCUGGAUUCCUGCCGCCUUAUGUGCCCUGCAGUAACCCCCCCUCCUGCCCUCACUUCUUCCCCCGUCCCACACGCAUUUUCUCUAGGUGUGCCUCUGUCAACAGAACUUCAGGCCGUGAUUACUGAGAAUGAACUUUGCAACUUGUGUGAGUGACGUUUGUGCAUCUGCGAGUGUGUUUGUCAGCGAUAGGAGAGAUUUUAAAAACCAACCUUCCUGUUCUCUGUGCAUCGAUGUGGGAACUUUUAAGUCCUAGUUCAUGAACUCUGACCUUUGACCAGGCACUCAUUCAGUCCCUUGUAGUGGUUGAGAAGGGGAGGUUACAUAGGGACUCGAGAGAAGCCCCACUGUCUACCCACAGUCAAUGUUUUAUUUAUGGACCUCUGCACUUUUGGCUGUGAUGACUUCAGUACUUAAGUAGUUACCUGAACUGUAUUUUUAAGGAUUUUAUACAAUAUUUACAUGCAAUACGAUAUGAAUUGAUUUUUUUUUUUUCUUUGCCAGCCAUUUUCUUUUUGUUUGUUUCUUAUUUAAUUGUCUCUAUUUUGGCAUGAUUUGUCACUAUUAUUCACAUACAAAAUGCCUGUUGAAUCUAUUUUAGGCGUAAACAGUUAUGGGGGAUGUUCCCUGGAUGUUUUUGUGUGUUAUGAUUCUGAUGACAGCUGAACACCAAGAAGCAGGUGUUGGAAAAUGUUUGCUGAAUGAGCUAAACUUUAUCGCCCUCUGCUUCCAGUAGGAAUAACUGGACCAGAAGGAGGACAAGGGUAGUCCAACACUUUGGUUCAGGGAACUAAACUGUUGAGCUAUGAAUGUUUAUUUUCUGUGUCAUGUCCAGUUGUGAUUUGAGUGUUUAUUUCUACUCAUUCAUAGAAGUCUUUACUUAAAACAAAAACGCUCACCUAAUUUCAUUAUGUUAUGAUAACUUGAGCCUGAAGAAACGCAUCAUAGGAAACAAUCGAGUUGUGAAGUGGGUUGGAGCUGUUUUGAGCGCCCUUGGUACCGGAAGUAAAAGUGCCAUUCUUUUUUUCCCCAACAGACAGUGCUGUGUUACUCCCAGUUGGAGCACUUCUGCGGCUUUGAUCAACAUGAAACUCCUGGUUCAAUCAUUAAGUCCAAAUGAUUGAAUAACUGUGGUUAGUUUACGACUCCCAAGGAGCUUUGCUGCAAAAAACAUUCAAUCACAGAGCUUACAUUUUAUGGAUGCUAAACUGAUUUUACAAUCUGCACCUUAAAUCGGUUCCCCUUUUAAAAAUGUUGUGCCACUUUUGGAUGAAUUCUGCCAAUACGGCACCGAAUUUUGUUAACAACUGCACCGAUACACCGUUUAAAAUUCACUGAUAUGUGCCGGUAACUGGCUAUUUCUUCAUGGCAACGACCGCUGAGUCUCAUGGGUAUUGUAGUAUUGAGAGCCGCACGCCAAGCCAAAACGACAAAUACGUUGAAAUAAUUGCAAUUUGUGAUCUGAAAGUAAACAGAAAGUAAAAUCGUUACAUUAUCCAGAAGAGUCUGUGAAUAUUAAUGAAAGAAAAAAGUAAAUUUGGGAAUAAAAGAAUGGAGAGAAACACUUCCGGUCCCUCUCGCUUUACAACUCUGCAGGUCUGUGGGAGUGGAGCAUUUCAGCUGAGACUAUAUUAUAUAUAUUACUUGUAUAAUACAGCAAAGGUAGACUAUCUACUGUGUGGAUCUUUAGAGGAUGAGGAAAAGGCAAAAAUAUAAAGCAAAUGGUUGCAAAUAUGUGGAGGGGGGGUGGGAGUGGGCAUGUGCAGACGGGAUGUUUCCUGUGUCAGUGGUCGUUAUAUUGUGUCUGUGACAAGGGGACAGGGUUGCCUGUAUUUAUAAAGGUUUGAUUUUUUUUUUUUUUUUUACGGGGGUAAAAGUGGGGGGAAGGGUGGAGUCCGAAACAUGUUCCAUAUAUGUGGUCCAAGCAGAACAAAUGAACUGGAUGUGCUGAACAAUUUGGUAUUUUUUUGAAAAUAAAAACUUGGCAUUACAAUGCCACCAUGUGGCCAUAUGAUGCAAGUUGUUAACAAGGACAAAACAUGUUAUUUUAAUGUUAUUUUUUAUUUUGAAAUCAUAUUAUUAAUAAAGUCAAUAAAUACUGUUG